AUGAGUUUUUUCAAAAUAUUUCUUGUUUCUAUUAUUUCUAUAACCCUUUUUGUUUCUUCAUCAGAAUCAUCCACCACAAACCUCUACCUAUACGGUGGUUGCACACAACAAAUGUACACACCAAACUCACCCUACGAGUUAAACCUCGACUCACUCCUCACCUCGUUAGUCAACUCAGCAACAUACUCAUCCUACAACAACUUCACCGUACUAGGUUCCACCCAACAAGACAUAAUCUACGGGCUCUACCAAUGCCGCGGUGACCUCGCCAUGCCAGACUGUGCCUCCUGUGUUGCACGCGCAGUUACGCGGGCAGGCGACAUGUGCCGUAACACAUGCGGAGGCACGGUCCAGCUCGACGGGUGUUUGGUGAAGUACGAUAAUGCUACUUUUUUAGGCGUGGAGGAUAAGAAUGUUUUGUUGAAAAAGUGUGGGCCUUCCGUGGGCUAUAAUCCGGAGGCUAUGGGCUCGCGAGAUGCGGUGCUUGGUGGGCUUGUGGGGUUGGGUGGGCCUUUUAGGGUUGGUGGGUCAGGGAUUGUGCGGGGUGUGGCGCAGUGUACGGGGGAUCUUAGUUUCGGGGAGUGUCAGGAUUGUGUUGCGGAAGCGAUCGGACGGUUGAAAAGUGAUUGUGGGACUGCGGAUUAUGGAGAUUUGUUUUUGGGGAAAUGUUAUGCGAGAUAUUCUACUGGUGGGGCCCAUGAUAGUUCUAAGGCCCAUGGUAAAGCCCGUAGGGGAUUCUUUCUCAUGUUACCGUUGUUGCUGCUUCUACUUCUUUUUUAG